AUGGAGACAUUGGGCUGCGAAAAUAAUGAGUACAAUGGAAGUCAAGAGACACAUCAGGAUGCAGAGAUCGAUCAACUGGUUGCCAAUUUUCUUAAUCGCCAGACUACCAGUGAAUCAGAGCGAUUGGGUGGCAUCAUAUUCAAGGAAUUGUCAGUCAUAGGCGCAGGAGUUGGGCGCCAACAGAUGUCCGAUGUUCCCGAAACUCUACGACGUCUAAAAUCGCUCGCCAACCCGGUGACCUGGUUUUCGCGAAAGGAAAUUCCAUCUCGGCCCAUUCUGCAGCGUCUGACUGGGACAAUCCGCGAAGGAGAAAUGUUGAUGAUUCUGGGACGCCCGGGCAGUGGAUGCACCACCGUGCUGAAAGCCUUGUCGAACAUGAGGGACGAGUAUCUGAGAAUGGAGGGUGACGUCUGGUAUGGCUCAAUGGAUGCCUCGACAGCGAGGCGAAUUAGGCCCAACCAGGUGGCCUUCGUUGGGGAGGAUGACAUCCACUUUCCAACUUUAUCUGUCAGCACCACGCUUAGGUUUGCUCUCAAUGCCCGGCAUUCAAACUCUGAUCCGAAUAGAGCCUCCAGGAUUGAAGAAGACCUACAAAACCUUCUGCAGCUGAUGGGUCUUGCUCAUGCAGCUCAAGUCCGAAUUGGAACGGACCAUCUUCGUGGAGUCAGCGGCGGCCAGCGUCGUCGUGUCUCUCUCGCUGAGGCCCUCUGCACGCGUGCAAGUCUGUUCUGCUUUGACAACCCUACUCGGGGGUUGGACUCAUCAACUGCCAUCCGCUUUCUCACUACCAUGCGCAAAUACACCACCCGCAGUCGAUGCAUGACUGCCAUGUCUUUAUAUCAAGCUAGUGAUGUUGCAGUAUCAAUGUUUGACAAGAUCUUAGUUCUGAAUGAUGGCCACGUCGCCUACUAUGGCCCGGCGUCAUCAGCAAAAGCCUACUUUGAGUCCCUUGGGUUUUACUGCUCCCCAAGGAUCUCGGUUUCCGACUUUUUGGCGUCUAUGUCAGGGCCUCUGGCAGGUCGGCAAGUUCGGGAAGACCCCCAGCGGCCGGUUCCCGUUCAGCCCGGUGAUUUUGAGGCCCGGUUCAGAGAAAGCAGCUUCUACCAGCAGACGGUGCGUGAGGCUGUUGAGCCACCUCAGUCAGCAACAAGUAAAGAUUCUAGAGCAUCAGAAUACGCUCUGCCCUUGUACCGUCAGGUAUAUGAGUGUACGGUACGCCAUUACCAGAUCUUUUUGACUGAUCGGGCUGCCUGGAUUGCUGAGGCGGCCGGGACAAUCAUCCAAGCUCUGCUUCUAGGCACUCUGUUCCGGAAUCAGAGAGCCGUGACAGAAGGGCUUUAUACACGUGCAUCGGCCCUCUUUUUCUGCGUUUUGAUCAUGGGGUUGCAGGCUUCUGCUGAAUUUGGGAAUACCUUUGUCCAACGCCCGAUAUUGGUCAAGCAGAAGGCGUUGCGAUUCUACCGACCCGCGGCCUACGCACUCGGUCAGAUCCUCGCCGACGUACCCUGGAAGUUGAUCUUCAUCUUGUACUCGCUUCCCAUCUACUGGAUGAUUGGCUUCCAGCGUACGGCGGGGCCCUUUUUCACAUGGCUGGUGUGCCUCUACAUGGGCCUAAUGGCACUGAGUGUUAUGUUUCGAGCCAUAGCUGUCUUCACAAAUUCCAUCACUCGGGCCAUUCUCCCCGUUGGGCUCUUACUCAAUGUGCUGAUCAUCUACACGGGGUUUUAUAUCACACCUCCAGGAAUGAAGGUCUGGCUAUCAUGGAUCCGCUACCUUGAUCCCAUGUACUAUAUCUUCGAGUCCAUCGCCCUCAACGAGAUUGGGAGCAAUUUAUAUGCAUGCAGCCUGCAGAACAUCGUCCCUCGGGGGGCAUCAUACAAUGAAACGAGUCUUCAGGCCUGUGCAGUGUCUGGGUCGGUAGCAGGCCAAUUGAAUCUUUCCGGAAGACUCUACCUGAUGGUCGAGUAUGGAUUCAACUACUUCCACUUGUGGCGAAAUGUUGCAAUAAAUGCAGCCUUCUUCAUCUUCUUUUCAAUUGUGGUAACAAUUGGAAUGGAGCGAUUUCGUCAUGCAUCUGAGCAAAUGGCAACGGUGUUUUACCGCAAGCUGCCAUCAUGGGCGAACGCCUCACCCACCCGUCCUACGGACAUUGAGAAGCCACCGUAUGUGACUGACUCCAAAGAACUCAGACCCAUCUCCAACGAUGAGAUCCCUACUAUCGGCUGUCUGGACAACACACAAAAUGUGUUUGCUUGGCAUGAACUGUCACUUGAACUUGACGAUGGAAGGAAAUUGCUUCACCAAAUUUCAGGAUGGCUUCAACCAGGAAAGAUGACUGCGUUAAUGGGGAUGUCGGGGGCUGGCAAGACUACACUCCUUGAUACUCUAGCUCAGCGUAUCCAAAUUGGCCGCAUAUCUGGUGGACUCUAUCUGAAUGGGCAGACACUUCCGGCGUCGAUGGGGCGGCGUACAGGAUUCGUUCACCAGAAUGAUAUCCAUCUAGCAUCGUCCACAGUGCGCGAAGCACUCCAGCUGAGCGCAUGCCUGCGCCGCUCAGAAGCGGUCGCCUUGGAAGAGAAGAUGCAUCACGUGGAGUUUCUCAUCCGGCUUCUGGAAAUAGAAGAUAUCGCCGAAGCAAUUAUCGGAGUACCAGGGGCAGGAUUGAAUCUCGAACAGCGCAAGCGGGUCAGCAUCGGGGUUGAGUUAGCUGCAAAGCCAGACAUUGUUCUUUUCCUUGAUGAGCCCACGUCCGGGUUGGAUGGCAAUUCAGCACUCUCCAUCGUGCAACUGAUGCGCAGGCUAUCCGAUGCCGGGCAGACCAUUCUCUGCACCAUUCAUCAACCCUCUGCGCAGAUGAUCCAACAGUUUGAUAAUUUGCUUCUGCUGAUUCCAGGUGGGAAAACCAUUUAUUUCGGUCCGUUAGGGUCUCAGUGCCAGACUAUAAUCGAUUACUUCUCUCGGUAUACGCGAUGCUGCCGGGAAACGGAAAAUCCAGCGGACUACAUUCUGGAAGUCAGCGGAGAGCCCGACGUAGACUGGUUCAAGACUUGGCAGCAGUCGCCCGAGUAUGUCUCCACCCAAAAGCAGCUUCAACACUUCCUUCAACCACGGGAAGGAAAUACUUUGUUGUCGUCAGGCUCUGAUCGAGCAUAUGCGGCCUCCUAUCUCGAGCAGAUUCGAGUGGUCACCCAACGGGCUUUCACGAACUACUGGCGCGACUCAGACUACGUGUUGGGCAAGAUCCAGCUUAACAUCUGGAUGGGGCUGAUGAACGGGCUCACAUUUCUCCAGCUGUCCAACGAUCUCACUGACUCCCGCGGACGCAUGUUUUCUAUCUUCGUCGGAGUGAUCACCGGGCCCGUGCUCAGCCUCCAGAUCGAACCUCGCUUCAUCCUCCUGCGCGAUCAAUUCCUGGCGCGAGAGAAUGAGUCACGUGUAUACCACUGGAGCGUCUUUACCAUCAGCGCGCUUCUCGUGGAGAUCCCGUUCACGCUCUUGGGAGGACUUGUAUACUGGGUUCUGUGGUACUACAUGGUCGAAUACUUCACCAUCUCAACGCGCGCUGGUUAUGCCUUUCUCAUGUACGAGCUCUACUCAUUGUUCGUCGCGAGUAUCGCUCAAUUAACGGCCGCAUUAUUUCCCACCGUGCUGGCCGCACAGGUGGCCACUGGAUUCGUCUGGCUGGUGAUAAAUACUUUCAAUGGACCUCUCUCACCCCCACCUCUGACACCUCGCGGAUGGCGCUGGUUCUAUAAUAUCUCCCCGUUGUUCUAUUUCAUUGAGGGGAUCGGUACCAACGCCAUGCAUUCACUGCAGAUUACCUGCCGUGACUCCGAACUGACCACAUUCCAUGUGCCCGUCGGGGAGACAUGUGCCUCGUAUGCAGCUGACUUCUUCGCUUCAGGGGAUUCCACAGGUUACCUAGUAAACCCUGACGCAACUGAGGAGUGUCACUACUGUGCCUAUGCGGAUGGUGAUCAAUAUGUCAAGCAAUAUGCCAUGAGCUAUUCACAACGGGGUAACAACGUCGGGAUCUUCAUUGGAUUCAUUCUUUUCAAUUACACGAUGGCCGUGUUGGCGACCUAUUUGAUCUUCAUAUUUAAAUGGCGGAAACAACGGAAGACUUGA